AAACCGAAAGAAAACAGUUUGGGUCCUUCACCGCCCCAAGAUGGCAGACAGCGACUCUGAGAAAAGUGCCGGAAACUGCGAAAAAACGGACGUUCCAAUCGGUCCUCGAGUUGUCACUAUUUGUAAGACAGAAACUGGGUUCGGAUUCAAUGUUCGGGGUCAAGUCAGCGAGGGUGGUCCACUCAAGAGCAUCAACGGAGAACUAUAUGCUCCACUGCAGCAUGUUAGCGCUGUACUGGAGGGUGGCUCAGCCGAGGAGGCUGGAAUUCGACGCGGAGACCGGAUCCUCGAAGUGAAUGGGGUCAAUGUGGAAGGCGCCACCCACAAACAAGUUGUCGACCUGAUCAAAUCUGGAGGAGACAAGCUCACACUCACUGUGAUCUCAGUUACUGCUCAAGAAGCUGAGCGACUGGAACCCAGCGACGACUCUUCAGGAAUAUCGUACAUAGAUUACAGCGAGAAGAGGUCGCUGCCCAUAUCUAUUCCAGAUUACAACUAUCUGGAAAGGGCUGGUGACCGCUUUGUGGUGUACAACAUCUACAUGGCGGGGCGCCACCUCUGUUCGAGGCGCUACCGCGAGUUCUCCAAUCUUCAUGUGGGGCUCAAAAAGGAAUUUCCGGAUUUCGGAUUUCCCAAGCUUCCUGGAAAGUGGCCCUUCUCCCUGUCGGAUCAGCAGCUGGACUCCAGGAGGAGGGGUCUGGAGCAGUAUCUCGAAAAAGUUUGCGCGGUUAGGGUGAUUGCUGAGAGCGACACCAUGCAGGACUUCCUGACUGAUAUGGAUGAUGAACAUGGUGGAAGUGCUGCCCUGGUGGACCUGAAGGUCUUACUUCCGGACCGGACAACUGUUGUCGUAAACGUCAGAAAAAAUAGCAAUACUGAAGAGGUGUACCAGGCAGUUGUGGAGAAGAUUGGGCUUCACCAGGAGGUAUCUCGCUACUUCGCCCUCUUUGAGAUCGUCGAGUAUGGCUUCGAACGGCGUCUAUCUCCCAACGAGUUUCCCCACCACCUGUACAUCCAGAACUACUCGACUGCAACUGCAACCUGUCUUCUAGUGCGCAAGUGGUUGUUCUCUAAGGACACAGAAGUGCGUCUGGCCAAUUUACAUCCCAUGGCUGCCACCUUCUUUUUCUGGCAGGCCGUGGAUGACGUGAACAAAGGCCAGAUCAAACCAGGUAACAAGCUGUAUGAACUAAAGGCACUACAGGACUGCUCAAGAAAAAUGGAGUAUCUAGCGCUGGCAAGGACACUAGAAGGUUACGGGGAACUGUCACUUCCCCACUGUUCGUGUGACGCUAGGAAAGAAGGGCAUGUCAUCCCCACAGUGGGUCUCUCUGGUCUACGGCUUCAAGCGUGUAGAGAAGAUGGAGCACCUGAGGCCCAAGCCAUCGACUUCCCCUGGAAGUCGUUAUCCGAGUGGGAAAUCGAUGAGGAAGGAAUGGCCUUUGCGUUCUGUUACGUCAAGCCACCGAGGAAGCCUCGAUGGGUGAAGGUCUUUACACCUUAUUACGUCUUCUUGUUUGACUGCUUCGAACGAAUACAGGAGGAGAAUAGCUGGCGGACAGAGAAAGCUUCUCCCGUCUAGAGGAACCUAGGAAAUUAAUUCUUCUGUUGUCACCUUGUACAGACCGUCCUUCCUUUAAUACUAUUGAGUAUUAGGUUGAGCCCACAGUGGGACAUGUUGGUCUGUUUAUACAUACAUGUAUACAUAUGUACAGUUGGCAUUCUCUAGGCAAGUUGUACAGUCACAACAUAACUUAGCUGGAACGUCUUACGCUUGGCUGUCACUCACACCCAGUUACUUUUAAGUAGCAAACAAAAGUGGGUGGACGGGAUAUUUCUUCCGAAAAUAUUGCGCAUUUUAUCUUUAUUCUUUCCUCAUGCUGUUGCGACAUUCCAAUUCUUAAAUGGCUUUACUUUUGCUGCAGUUUAAAGACUUUGUUUUUCCUAUCCAUUGUACAUACCGAUUUUCAUUUAUAUUUCUCCUCCACAUGCUUCCAUGUGAUCAAGGUCCCAUCCAUGAACUUUGAGGAUAAAUUUACAUAUUUUUUAUACACGUUUUUCAAGAAAAUAGGUCAGGAUAUCAGUCUUCUUAGCUGUCAUGUGUAAGACCUUUCAGUUAAGACUACCUGCCUACAGCCAUAGGAAUUGUGUUAGUAAGGGUGAUUUCGGACAGUGUAGUGGAACCGCAGAAGACUCGCUGGUGGUGUUGCCUGUGUGGUGAAACGUUUCUGACUAGCUUUUUGGUCAUCUGUGACGAGGUUUGUGUAACACAUAGUGUCACUAGAUUAAAUAUAUUUGAGCGUGUAUGUGUGCGGUCGAAAGAUAUAGUGGGCUACCCCAAGGCUUGUGCUUAGGGUGGGCGUGUGAUAUGUACGUAGUGUACAUAGACAAAUCACAUUUUUGGAAAAUCUGCAGCAGAAAAAAAAUAGAAUGUAAGGGGUAUCAAAACUCGAUUAUGUACUCGAUGCUUCUUCUUUCCUGCGGGACAAACAGAAUCGAGAGCUACGUAAUCAGCAAAUGCGAAAUCUGACCUGUACGACGGUUAAUAAAUGUGGAACUCUGUCUGGGUACAUCCAGUCUGGCAACGUUUGGUGCAUCUCGUAAAACAAUCAAUGAUUCCUGAGCACUGCUGUCAGUAUUCUUAGUAUUAUUAGGCAUUCCUCAUGGGCCACUCAGUUGAUUGUUACCUAUAUUGCUUCUGUAGCAGCUGAUCUUGAUUGUGCCUGUUUUUUUCUUAUGGUAGACCAGCAUAAGAUAGCCAGAUAGUCGAUGGAUGAUAUGUAAUCUAGCCAUCUUCCCUAGUUGCCAGUCUAUGUUAACUCAGCAUUUAAAUGUGGUAUUUCAUUUUGUAGCUGUUCCACAAAGCAGCCUUAUAUGUGCUGAAUAUGAUUCCAUUUAUUGCAGUGCAAACUCAGCUGACAAGAUGUUUUAUGGAGAUCUGUUAUACCGCUGUGCCAUUGAGUAUUUGAUCGAGUCCGUUGUAGUGCCUAGCAGAGUAGUUUUUUUUUGUUGCUUUUUUGUUUGUUUCACAUUUGAUGUGUCUUUCUUUGAGCAGCCGGUACUGCGUUUUUUUAGCUGCAUUUUAUGCAGGAUUGAACAGAGAUGUUAAUAUUAACACGUACACUGUCUUGGAUGCCUUUAGAAGUACGUGAAAUCACAUUUUAAUUUCUUUUCCUGAGUUUAUUUACAUGAAUGGUCCUCUUAAAGGUGGCUGUGCGGUGUUGUAAUAUAAUGUAGUCAAACCUCAUUAUAAGACAUAAAUCGCAGGGAAACGUAUAUCCUACCUGCAGUGUAGUUAUUAUUUACGAUGGAUCCGGCAGUAGGAGCCAAAAAUUUGUGAUUCCUCGUUAUUUUUGUGCUCCAUACAUAAUGAGAAGUUUCUGGCACAGUGCAGCAAUACACCUAUUCCAACGUAAAUUCUCUGUUGGGGGGGGGGUCCCAUAAGGAGAUGCUUUUAUGAUGAGGUUUGACAUCACUGCUGAAAUCUUAUUAGGCAUUGUGUCAGAACGAGCUACAACAUACUUGCUGUUUGUUGAAUUUUGAAUUAUAGUGAGAGAGAGAAUUUAUUUUUGCUCUUAGUAUCCCUUCCUCACACUGUGGAGAAUUGAAAAAGAACCCUAAAGCUCCACAUAAUUCAACUUUUCUUUUUUUAGGAUGAAUGCAAGAAGCUAUUUUGUAAAGGAUAAUAAGUAAAGUUUUUAUUUUUUAUUUUUCUUUGCGUAGCUCAGUCUGAACAUUGCUGUGGUCUAGUCACUGAAAGAGAGCUUGUUUUGUCAUGUUUUACGUAUAAUGUGUCUGUAACACUGCGUGCCAGUUCUCUCCUCCAGUAUGAAGUUACUCUGCAGAAAUAUUAUGUUUUUGAAAUAUAAUGCAGCAUUAUAGUAGU